UUACGGAAGAAGAAGAAGAAUGAAUGAGAGAACUCUGCAAUUAACACAUUUGACCUCAACCUCACUUCCGUUUCUACUUUCUUCUUCUUUCUCUCUUUUCUCUUCUAUGCUUAGGAAUUUUCCCGCCAAAUGAGAGAAGGCUUAGCAUAUCACCACCACCAACACCGUCAUGAACGCUCUCUCUCCUCGAACAUUCCUAUUCUUCUCCAUCUCACUCCCUCUCAUCGUCUCCUUCUCUCUCCUCCAUUUCUCAUCUCCUAAUUCUCAUAACCAUACUGUAACCCUUAAUUCCACUCACUCCCUGAUCAAUAAGCGCAACAACUACAUCGUACGUUUCCUCGAGUACAAACGGGCUGAAGCCCACCGUGACUACCUGCAACUAGGCCUCCGAUCGCCGGGAUGGGGUUGGAUCGAGCGCCGGAAUCCGGCGUCUCAGUAUCCGACCGAUUUCGGAUUGGUUUGGAUCGAGGAGUCUGCCAGGGAAGGGGUGAUUGGGGAACUUGAGAGGCUGGGGAUGGUUAAGGAUGUGAAUGUGGAUGCCAGUUACACAAGGGGUUUGCUCAAGGAAGAGAGUAGAGAUGGGGCUUUCGUUGAUGGAAAGAAGCGGCCUGGGAAGAUUUUUACGUCGAUGUCGUUUUGCGAAGCUGAGAACGAACAUGGCGCAAGGAUGAGUAAUUCUUCGUUUAGCUGGCGAAGGGAGCUGUUAUCGGAGAGAUCUCAGGUUACUUCAUUAUUUGGAGCUGAUGCUCUUUGGGCAAAAGGGUACACCGGUUCAAAAGUCAAAAUGGCUGUAUUUGAUACUGGCAUUCGAGCUAAUCACCCUCAUUUUCGGAACAUCAAGGAGCGAACGAACUGGACCAAUGAGAAUACCCUAAAUGACAAUCUUGGACAUGGGACAUUUGUUGCCGGUGUUGUUGCUGGUAGAGAUGCAGAGUGUCUUGGCUUUGCUCCUGAUACUGAGAUCUAUGCUUUCCGUGUGUUUACAGAUGCUCAGGUAUCAUACACGUCUUGGUUCCUUGAUGCAUUCAACUAUGCCAUUGCAACCAAUAUGGAUGUGUUAAAUUUGAGUAUAGGUGGACCUGAUUAUUUGGAUCUCCCAUUCGUAGAGAAGGUUUGGGAAAUAACAGCAAAUAAUAUAAUUAUGGUUUCGGCAAUUGGAAACGAUGGACCACUUUAUGGAACUCUCAACAAUCCAGCAGACCAGAGUGAUGUCAUUGGUGUUGGUGGCAUUGACUACAGUGAUCACAUUGCUUCUUUUUCUUCAAGAGGAAUGAGCACAUGGGAACUUCCUCAUGGUUAUGGCCGGGUGAAGCCAGAUGUGGUUGCAUAUGGACGAGACAUUAUGGGAUCAAAGAUCAGUACAGGCUGUAAAAGCUUGUCUGGUACUAGUGUGGCAAGUCCUGUGGUUGCUGGUAUGGUUUGUUUGCUUGUUAGUGUCAUACCCGAAAGCAGUCGGAAGGACAUUUUAAACCCAGCAAGCAUGAAGCAAGCACUUGUCGAGGGAGCUGCAAAGCUUGCUGGUCCAAAUAUGUAUGAACAGGGUGCAGGCAGAGUUGAUUUGUUAGCAUCCUAUGAAAUUCUUAAGAGCUACCAACCCCGGGCAAGCAUCUUUCCUAGUGUGCUUGAUUAUACAGACUGCCCUUAUUCAUGGCCAUUUUGUCGCCAACCCCUUUAUGCUGGUGCCAUGCCUGUUAUUUUUAACACUACCAUUCUCAAUGGAAUGGGUGUGACUGGAUACAUAGAAAGCUCACCAACAUGGCAUCCUUAUGACGAAGAAGGUAAUCUUCUAAGUAUCCAUUUUACUUAUUCAGAAGUAAUCUGGCCUUGGACUGGUUAUUUAGCACUUCACAUUCAAAUUAAGGAAGAGGGCACACAAUUUUCUGGAGAUAUUGAGGGAAAUGUGACAUUUAGAGUGUUUAGUCCUCCGGCUCAAGGAGAGAAGGAGCUCCGUAGUAGUACCUGUGUGCUUCAACUGAAAUUAAAAGUAGUUCCAACACCACCAAGAUCAAAACGUAUUUUGUGGGAUCAAUUUCACAAUAUUAAAUAUCCUCCUGGUUAUAUUCCAAGAGACUCUUUGGAUGUCCGUAAUGAUAUUCUUGAUUGGCAUGGAGAUCACCUACAUACAAAUUUCCACAUUAUGUUCAACAUGUUAAGGGAUGCUGGUUACUAUGUAGAAACCCUUGGUUCACCGCUUACAUGCUUUGAUGCUCAGCAGUAUGGGACGCUUCUUUUGGUAGAUCUUGAGGAUGAGUACUUCCCAGAGGAGAUUGAAAAGCUAAGAGAUGACGUUAUUAAUACAGGAUUGGGAUUGGCUGUAUUUGGUGAGUGGUAUAACGUUGAUACAAUGGUGAAGAUGAGAUUUUUUGAUGAUAACACUCGAAGCUGGUGGACUCCUAUUACUGGAGGCGCUAAUAUUCCAGCAUUGAAUGACCUUUUGGCCCCGUUUGGGAUUGCUUUCGGUGAUAAAAUUUUGAAUGGUGACUUCUCUAUUGACGGUGAACAGAGUAGAUAUGCAUCUGGAACAGACAUUGUGAGAUUUCCCAGAGGUGGCCAUGUGCACAGCUUUUCCUUCUUGGACAGCUCAGAGAGUGGGGCCACUCAAAAUGUUUUGCGGACUUCUGACAUGGCCACGGUUGACUUUCCCAUCCUUGGUCUCAUAGAGGCAAAUGAAGGUCGUAUUGCUGUCUAUGGAGACUCCAACUGUUUGGACAGCAGUCAUAUGGUAACCAAUUGUUAUUGGCUCCUGAGAAAAAUUUUAGAAUUCACUAGUGGAAACAUCAGAGAUCCUGUGCUUUUCUCAAACUCAGCUAAACAGGAUUCUGCCUUAUAUGAGGAGGACAACCAAUUACCAUCUCGUAGAACUGAUGUGAAUUUCUCCGCCUACUCCGCAGUGGUAGGAAAGGAAUUAAUCUGUGGGAUUGAUUCCAGAUUCGAAAUAUGGGGAACCAAGGGAUACAAUUUGCAGGUUAGGGGAAGAAACAGAAGAUUACCAGGUUAUCCUGUUAUUGACUUGGGGAGAGGUCUAAAUUCUUCCAUCCACAGUUCUACUUCAAGGCGUCGAAAAGUGAAUGUAAAAAGUAAAACCGAUUCUUUAGGAAAUAAGUACUUGGGCUUGUUUUACGGAGAAGAGCGUGAUAUGCCUGUGUUAGCUGCUACUCAUUGGAUUGUUCCUGCACUAAUUGCAGUAAUUGGUCUUCUGUUAUUCUUGAGCUUAUGGAGAAUUCGGCAGAAGCGACGGCGGCGGAGGAAAGGUUCUGGCUCUGGUCGAUAUUCUAAUCUCUAGUCCUAAUCUUGAAUCAAUUUUCUCUUCCCUUACUUUUUUUAGUUGCCUUCAAGUUCCUUUAGUCAUCCUCUUGUAAUCUUGUUUAUGUACCAGAGAACAUAGGAGCUUCAAUUUAACAAAUCAAUAGUAAAGUCUGUCAAAGCAUCACCACAGAAAUUUUUGUUUGAGUUUAUAAGUUAUACGUAUUAUACUUGUACUAAAUUUUGAAUGCAAAGGUCUUGCAUAACAGAGCUAAUUGGAUUGGACACCUUGUCAGCAAUACCCACAAGAAGAGUACUGGGGGUAUUCUGUUUCCCAUUCUCUUUUGUACUUUUUGGCACAAGAAUUUAAUAAUAAUUUUAAAAUAUAAAAUAUUCACAUAA